GAGCCGCCAUCUUGGAGAAAGGAACAGGCGGUCUAUUCAAAACGGAAGAACCUCUGUUGUGGAUUAGUUCCUGGCGUGGAUUAAAACAAAGACUACAUUCAAACAAAAUAAUAUAUGUAUUUUAAAAUUAUGUGUUUAACCUAAUCAGUAGUCACUGAUCAGCUACGGCGAAUUAUUUUUGAUGUGAUAUGCUAGCUUACUGACAACCGGAAAUAGAUAAACUAUUGUUGAUACGGUGGCGAAGAUUCUUGGGUUGCCAGAUAGUGUUCCGUAUCUAGUGCAAAUUUGUGUCAGCGCUUGUUGACUUAACUUUUUUUUCGCGCGUUAGAUUAAUAAUUUCAUUGCUAAAAAGGUAACUGUAGCAUAUAAUGGUAAUAUAUUUUGAAUGUUAAUUAAAAUGAAACGUUACAUUUUAGUGUCGAUAUUGCAGUUUAAUAUAUGGGUUGACAGUGAGUUUGUCUUGCUUAUCUGGUAACCCAGGUAGCUACGCAAGUUAUUUAACUGUCAAACCCAGUUUGGAUAGGCGGUGAGUUCAAAAGACACGUUGCCAUGGAUUUUCAGCAAACGCAACUGUCAGGUAUUUCCUACUGUCAGGUAUAUCUUAUACACCAGCCCUUUUAAUGUAGGUUCACACCAGUCGGAGAGCCACGGAGAGAUGAUUUGCUAAACUAAACAACCCGAUUCCAGCGGAUUAGCCACAGUUCAAGAUAAACUAGAUUGCGAGUCACACAACUGAGUGAUUACAAUUACAAUUAAAGCUUUUUUAAAUUGCAAUUAAAGUGAUUACAAUUAAAGCUCAUCAGAAUAAAUAUUGGAGGAUGAAACGAAAAAGUACCAAGGUGAGUCGACUGAGUCCUAAUGAGGAGGAGAAACUGAUCCGAGAAGAAGUGCAGAGAAGAAGAAAACUGAGAUUACAGCAAGUACGGGAACAGGAGCGCUACAUUGCGCUGCAGGUACGGCGUGAAGUGCAGGAGAGGCGAGAGAGAGAGCUGCAGAGUCUCGCCACGACGCUCCGGGAUGAGUGGCAAAAGCAGAGAGGAGAGAGAAUACAAACCCUGGAGAAACUCUACAAGGAAAACCUCCAAGAUGUGGGUCAGGGUCACCGCAGUGCCAAACAAAACGAGCCGAAUCGGGAAGCUCUGGCUCUGAAAAAGGAGCAGGACGACACACGGGCAGCAGAGAGGCAUCAGAAGGCUCUCCAAAACCUCAUCACCCAAAGACAGGUUGAAGCGGAGCAGCGGAAUCGACACGUCGACGCACGGAAGAAGGCUCUGAUGGUGGAGAAGGAGAGGGCAGCAAAAAUCGCCAGCCUUCCUCACUCAGCCCCUGACCCCAUAGAGAGUGUUGCGAUUCAGAUUCCCCUACAACCCAAAGUGUCCAAAGUGGAACAUUACUCCGUCACACACCACCACAUCCCAGAGACCGCAGUGGACAGAGAAACGGAUACCGUCCAGUCGGAUGCCCAGGAGGCAGCAGCGUUGGAGGCUCGGCGGUUGGAGGAGCUGGAGAAAGAUGAGGUCCGUGAUCGGCAGGAACAACUUGAGCGGGCACGACUUCGAGGAGACCAUGCUCUUCGUAAGGAAAAAGGCAUACAGAACAACGCGAGGUUGCUGUGCGAGUUGGAGCGGCUGCAGCAGGCCGAGAUGCAGCGGCGCAGGCACGUGGUGAACAGCAUGCCAGCGCAGAUCUUCCAACCGCUCUACAGACGUGAUGACAUGAGAGCCGAGCAGCAGAGAGACCUGGAAAUUGCCUUUCAGGACUUGUGCACUGAGGAUAAAGAGAUCAGAGACGACUUGGGGCUUCAGUCGGUGUCCGAGCCUCUUCCUCCUCCUGUUCCGUCUUCUAAAACUGACAGCAGACAUGAAUGUGACCUGGACCUGGAUGUGACCCUUGAACCCAAGGAGACACCAUGUGAGAAGGAUGAUGAAGACGCUUCUCAAAGCCAGUCUAUGAGGUCCUCAGUGCCUGCAGAGGGUACGGGUAGGAUGGCUCUGAGGAGGCUGCUGGGUCGCAUCAGGACUCAGAGGGACGAGUGGAGCAGGAGGGAGCCUGCAGUAGGGCAAGGAAGGGUCGGAGUGGAGAACACCAUCAGUGAACGUGGAUCACCGAGCAAUGUGGAAUGGCAGCAAGCUUCUAGUCUGGAAGAAGGCACAGUUGACACAUCAGUGGCAGAAAAUAAUUCCAAGCUGAGUGAAGACUCCAUUGUGUCUGGACCCGUGCUGCAGCCCGAUGACCAGAACAUAGAAAUGGACAGGAGAGCGAGGGAAGAGGAGCUGAAGAGGCAGCAACAGGAACAGUUUGCCCUGCUACAGGAGCUGGAGGAGAAACGGCGGCGUCUGGAGCUUCAGCUAGAGGAGGCACAGCUGUGUAGGCAGAGGCUACAGGAUGCUCUGCAAGUGCCUUCUGGGAUGUGUAGUUUACAGGAAAUGCCAACACCACCUCCACCACCACAGGAAAUGGUUUCCAAACCUUCACCUGAGGUGAAGGCGUCGGCCGCUCUAUCAGACAGUAUGCACAUACAGAGACUCCAAGAGUAUCAGCAAAGACUCCUGAAGCAGAACCGACUUCAUAAGAAGACUAUCGAUGACGCUUGUCUGAGUCUUGAGGAAUACAAGCAAGCGUUGAAGAUGCGCUAUGCUCCUGUUUCCAUGGCAGCAGGACAAUCACAACCACCACCACGUUCAGCUAAUGAGGAAACCGUUUGCUCUUUUCCUUCUCUGCCUCACGGGACACUCUCGACUGCAAUCACACACCUUUCAAACAAAGACGCUGGCUCUCCCACCCCUCGUGAGACGCCAGCAGCGAGUAAAAAACAAAGCCACAACGUCGUCGUCUGUCCAGACCCAACACUGCUCGUUCAGCCUCCUCUACCUGGUCCCAGCCCCGCCCGAACCACACAACCAGACACCCAUGCACAACCUAUCUCCGCACCCAUCAGUAUCUCUCACUCACGCCUCGUGCAGGAGGAUGGCUUGGCUUCGAUUCCACAACCAGCAGACAGCUCCUCAUUAGACAAGAGGUUUUCAGAUGGAACAUCAGAGCUUCAAGAAGUUCCUCUACUGCCCCCUGCCGUGUUCCUGGAGUAUCUGCGAAGCAGGCGUUCUCCGGCACCGCCCGCACACCUCACUCCGAUCUCUCAGCAGGUCUCAACAGAUCGUGGUGUUGUGCUGCAGGAAGAGGUUGAGAACCGUGGGCCAUGUUGGGAUUCAGCAAUGGAGAAAAAUCAGCAGGUCAGAGAUCGGAUACGAAAACACAGAGAUGCCCUGCAUGCGCUACUUAGAGAACAGCAUGCGAAGUCAGUCUCACUGGGAACGCAGGACUUCAGUGCUGUUAUGGACGCUCAUGUGACGGAUUAUAAGAAGAGUAAUGAACCCCUGCCGGUCUCUACAACACCGAGUCAGAGCCACGCCCACACCCAACAAACUCCAGUCUUUGAGUCCAGUGCAAGUCCUGUAUCUGCAGAACAUCUUCGGUUCGAGUCAGCGAGCGGUGGCGUACGAGUGAAUCCGCCGGUCUCUUGCCCGCCGCGGACGCUCCAGAUCCUCCUGCAGGAUUUUGAACAGCACAAACUCAGCACCAUUGAGGAAGUGGACACUCCAGUUAAUGUUACCAUGCAGGAUACAGCUGCCGAGGUGUGUGUGGAGAGCUCGUCAGCUGAGUGCUCCGAUUACUCCACCUCCGGCAGUCUCUCUUUGACCCCAGCCGCCGUGGGCUCUGAGAGCAGUCAAGGACCGAGCUUAGGCUCAGUGGUCAUGAGGUCAGAGGACAGCACACGCGGACCCAGCAAACUGUCAUGGAGAGAGAUGCUACAGCUGGAGUCAGCAGCUUCACGUGCAGGUACAGACUCUACAGGGCAGCAGCAGGUCGAGGAGCUGGAGCAGGUCUUACCAAAUGAUGGAGCCUCCGGUGUGCCAGAUUUUCUCUCUUCCACCACCCUCUCAACAGGCAGCUACUUCUCUAGUGAACAUGAUCCCAAUUUCAACAUUGCAGAUUCUUCUUUGUACAGUAAUGAAUUUCCUGUAAGGCCUGGAGCCUCUCUCGCCUGCUGUGGUGGUAGUUUGUUCGAGACAAAAGACUCCUCGCGUUGCAGUAACAGUCUGCAGCACAUCAUCAACAAAUACACUAAAGAGCUGGACAAAUCCCUCAGAUCAGUUUAUACAGGAGGCAGCGUCUCUGAAGUAACUGCUCCGGAAAACUGGAACGCAAUUUUAAGUUUCUGUGCAGAGCAGAACACUGAUCCUGGAACACUCGCAGCACCACAACUACCAACGCUCCCGCUACAGUGCAGCCUGCAGGACAGCAAUUCCCUUAAUACCACUAUGCAGGAUACCUUUCAGUCUCUUUCUCCUGAGAUCACAAACAACGACACGACGGAAUGUUCCACAACUCUCCGACUUCCAUUAAAUCCACCUGUGGAGGACUCCAACACUAACACAGACACAACUGCCUCUGAUCGGCUUGACUGUGGAUUUUCUCAACACGGCUCCAGUACAGAUGACCAAUCAUCAUCUGCGUCUGCAGGCGUUCCUCAGUGGGAAUGGACACUGGGGAACAAUAGCGAAUUAAGGAAUCUAGAAGCAUCGGUCUCACACGAAGUAGAAGUGUCCAGGCUGCAGAACCUUGGCGAGGUGACGAUUAGCACUCUUCCACAAGAAAGCUUUGACGAGACAGAGAUGUCCCAAUCUACUGAUAGGUCAUGCAGUCAGUUGGGGGAAGUGGAGCACAGGAGGGAGCUGCACAGCUGCCAAGACGCUUCUGCAAAGAACCGAGAAAAAGCCAAAGAGUUCAGAACGGUAAGGAGCGACUGUACUGUAUUUAUGAAUUUCAGCCCUCACUAUGGGGACAUUCUGUACUGGAUAUAUAACACUGUCCUUACUGUAGAGUCUAGAGUGCAACAGUUGAUCCAUUCAGGAUUGUACAUUUAGCAGGUGUGUGUGUGUGUGUGUGUGUGUGUGUGUGUGUGUGUGUGUGUGUGUGUGUGUGUGUGUGUGUGUGUGUGUGUGUGUGUGUGUGUGUGUGUGUGUGUGUGUGUGUGUGUGUUUCAUUGUUGAUUUUUUUAAUCUUUUUUUUGUUUUUU